AUGAAGUUCACACUCCUGACCACGCUCCUGGCGGGCUCCGCCAUCGCGGCUCCAUCAUUGAACAAGAGGGAUCUGGCGACGAUCCAGCAAGCCAUCGGCUCUGUCCAGACUGCUCUUGACGGGCUCGGAACAGCAGUCGACGCCGUCAACGCUCAAGACCCCAACAGCGUGACCGGCAUCCUCGGCGCGAGCACCAACGCACAGAACACCAUCAAGACCGCCACCACGCAGAUCCAGGGCACCGACGCCUUGUCCCUGACAGACGCCCUGUCCCUGCAACAGACCGCCACCGGCCUGACCACCUCGGCCAACAAGACCGUCCAGAGCCUCAUCGCCAAGAAGCCCGUCUUCGACCAGCUCGGUGUCUCCUCAGUUGUCGCCACUCAACUCCAGGACCAGAAGACCUCUGCCUCAGCCCUCGGUGACGCCGUCGUGCAGAAGAUCCCCGCCAUCGGUCAGAGCAUUGCUCAGCAGUCUCUCGGUCAAAUCAACACUGUCCUCGAUUCGGCCAUCCAGACCUACUCCGCCGGUGCAACGACUGGUGCCGCUACUGGAGGUGCUAGUGCUAAGCCAGGCAACGGAACUUCGACCGCGGCCCCCAAGGCUGGAUCCGGCUCAGGCACAUCCAGUGCCACUCCCAAGUCCUCCGCUGCUCCUAAGGCUGGUGGCGCUGGCAGCACUUCCGGUACUUCAUCGAGCACCCCUGCUGCUGCGCCAGCUGGCGGCGCCGCAGGUGCUGGUGGCCUCGGCGCUUUGUUGGGUGGUCUUACGGGAGGCGGAGCUGGUGGCGCCGGCGGUGCGGCUGGUGGCGCUGGUGGACUUGGCGCCCUCCUGGGAGGCUUGACUGGCGGUGCGGGUGCUGCCGGAGGAGCGGCUGGCGGUGCUGGUGGUGCGGCCGGUGGAGCUGGUGGACUUGGUGCUCUCCUCGGAGCUCUCGGCGGUGCUGCAUAA